CUAAAAUUGUUACAUACUUAACAAAUUAUUAUGUACUUAAAAUUCAUUAAUUCUAUUUUUUUUUAAUUUUACAAGAAGAUUGCAUUAUGGAUUUUACUUCCGUAAAACACACAUCCCAACAGUUCCUUUUAUGGCUUCGACAGGUCGACUGCCGUCUGUUUCUGACCCGAAUCUUAUACUGCUUGGGUUGGUGAACAUCAUACGCGUGCCUAUAAAACGUGUUCCCCAUUUCGCACGAUCACUCACGAUCGUACGCCUUGCCGACGGGUGACCUCCCGCACGUUCACAAGGGCGAAGUGAAAAAAAACGGAUGCAUCGCUGCAGCUUUCGAUCGAUCGUACUAGCGCUGCUAGUCCUUUGGCUUACCAUCCGGUCCCGGCAGGUGGCUAGUAAUGGUGACUUUAGCUAUUUCUACGGCACCAUCGCACCGACGGAUACGCUCUGUGCGAAGAAAGUCGUUGGCAUCGGUACGAAGACACCCGUACAGGUGGAUUACAGCAACAUGCGCCCGAUAACAGCUGUCAGUCUCGAUGCGUCGAACGUGGCGUACCAGGGCUUCAAUGCACUCAUCACCCGCGGUGCCAUCGGCCAGAAGGGCAUCACGUUCAGCCUGAACGGGCCCUGGGUGUUGCCGUACUAUAUCGAGCUGGACUACUACUGUCGGGCGCCGGACCAACCCUGACCGACCUCAAUGGUGACCCCGCUUCAAUCCGACGCUGUGGCGGGAUACAAAUGGACGACCCUGGGGAGGGGAAGACGACCCGAAUGGAGGACAGCAAUGGACUAGUUUUUCAUGCGAGGAUUUUAUUUAUCCCCUUGUGCUGCAACGUGAAAGCAACCAGGCAAAUGCACCAUGCACAAUAAAAGGAUGCAAUAAAUAAAUCGCUCAACUGCAGAUGCAAUUGUUAUUUAAAGUCU